GUUUCACGCCUGUGUGCAGGCAAUUCGAGGUCGAUUCAGACGCUUGGAGGCGGACAGUGACGGGAUGAGUACGGUACUCGUCAAUGCGGCGGUUAUUGGAGGGUUGAGGGACGAGAAGCGCAACAGCCCUAUUGUCGUUGACAUUUGAUGUACCUCAGAGACGCUAAAACAUGUACGGGUCGGUAUCAAGCUCGCCAAAGCUAUGGUCAAUGAGGUGCUUAUGGCGGUUGAAGGCGUUGUUGGCACUAGAUUGGUCAGACAGAUAUUUCAGUUCUACUCCAGGCCUUUAAAUUGGACUGUCGAGGGCGUGCCCGGGCUCCUCGGUGAUCAUCAAUCCUGGGGUCGGCAUUGCAUCCACGCUCACCUCAUCAUGGCCGAGGCACGUGGUCUGACAAGAGAAUCAACAAACAUAAAUGAUAGUCGAAGGAGUAGGAAUGGUUAUAAAAGCAAGACCUUCACCAUGACCAUCGAAACUACUUCGCGCCGCGAUGUCCCCACCACUCUGCAAUACUACGCCUCCACCACUGACAGCGAGGGGCCCUACAUAUACACUGGGGUACCGCCCGAGGGCGUCCCUGGGACGAAUAUAACCUCCGAACCAUAUGCCGUUGUUGUUCGCGAUGUUCGCGGCAGCGAAGACGCGUUCGGUGGGCUCGACAAGAAAGGUUUUCAAUACGCUCACCACGUCAGCCAAGAGAAGCUGUUCGCGGAGGACAGCACGAUCAAAGGUGCUUACUACCAGGAGAUCGAGGAGCUCCUGAAGGCCCAAACGGGCGCAAAGAGGGUGUUUAUAUUCGACCAUACUAUCAGACGGACCCCUAAGCACGAGGGCGGGGGGAAGAGCACAUAUAACGCGCCCAUUACUUCCGUUCACAUCGAUCAGACCACCGAGGCUGCGAUCCAGCGCGUACGCGACCAUAUGGGCGACGAUGCUGAACACCUCCUGAAAGGACGCUUCCGCAUCAUUAACGUCUGGAGGCCCAUCGAGAACACGGUCGCGCACACCCCUCUCGCAGUCGCAGACUUCACGUCGUUCGACGUAUCAAAGGACCUCCUCCCCGUGCGCUUCAUCCUCCCCCACGGCAAGAUUGGGAGCAUCUACUACGUGCGACACAACGCGGCGCACCGGUGGUACUAUCUAGCAGACCAAACCGUCGACGAGGUUGUGAUAUUCAAGUGCUUCGACUCUGCCGAUGGCACUGAAGGCGACGUCGCUGCGCGAGUGGCGCCGCAUGCUGCUUUCAAGGACGCGAGUAGCCCUGCGGAUGCGCCUGAGCGGCAGUCGAUUGAGGUUAGGGCGUUGGUUUUUGAUACGGAGUGAUUCGUUUAGAGUGGUUUUUAGACGCUGUAAGAUAAGAUGUAAUGCAUGAGUGUCAUACUCGUCGUGAAAUAUCGAGAUGUACUAUCGG